ACGUCGAACCCAAUCAAGUGGCCUAAUAUUUAAUCAGAUGAAUGAAAUAUUUCCAGAAUAUUCUUUACCAACGGAAUGUCCGAAUCCUACAGACUGUAAAAUCUGCCGAGAAUUUCUGAACAAGGAACAAACCAACGAUGAUUCUUCAGACUUGUCCUUGAUGCAGAUUUUGCUAAUUGUUGGAAUAAGUAUUACCAGCUUUUUAGCCAUUCUCUUCGCAGUUCUAUUUUUGCGUCUACGGUGGGAAAAAAGGCGAGCUAGCUGUCAGUCUCAGGAUCCUUACUAUCUGACCGUCCAGCAUGAAGGAAAUCGAAAUACAGAGGGGAUUAAUGCUGAAGGAGCCGAAAGAGAUUAUCAUUCUGGCAAUGGCUUCACACCCAUUUGAU